AUGGCAUCUGUCCAAGGAAAUCUAGAUAGGGACGACUUGAUGGUAUCCUAUCCGGCCGAUUACCCAAGUGAUGACGACUUGAAAGGGUUGGACGCCAACUUCACCGCCGGUGCCAAUGAAGUCAUGAGGAUGAGUAGCGGUCUUGAUCGUUUCAAGCAAGGUAUAUCGUAUCUGAGGAAUUCCGACCAGAAGACUGUGGAGACAAUCAUGUCCUGCAAAACACAGAUACUUGCUGCAGAGGGCGAUGUGGCGACUGAGAUUGAGAAUUUUUUAGAUAAAUUCCUCAUCAAGCAGUACCUCGAAAAUAGUAACCAGACGCUUGCACUCUGCGAGGUGGAAUUGCCAGACUUCAUCAAAAAAGCUGAUAAGGUCGCUUCAUGCAUUAAAGAUGUGGUGCGUGAAAGGAGGAUGUUGAACAAGCUCAAUACAGCUAAGAUUAAGUAUCACGAGUCCGCCAAAGAGAUUGUUAAAAAGGUUGUAUCUCUGCAGGACCAACAUCUAACCUUGCUUGACAAACUGAAAGCAGAAUUCAGGAAGCUUAACAAGAGGCUGAAGCGUAUUCGUACUGUUAGGAAGGUCGUACAUGUGAUAUUCAUAGGAAUUCUUUCUGCUGUGUUUGCUUGCAGCGUCAUGGCAGCAGCUAUGACUAUUCCCGGUGUUGCAGCGACCAUGAGCUCUCAUCCAGGUGUUGCAGCAUUUAUUGCUGCUUGUGCUGUUGCUCAAACUUCUUCCUCGGCAAUAAAAGUGGGACAACAUUGGCUUCUCACAAUGAUUCGAGAAUCUGAAUCAACUUUGGAGGCACGUCGGAAUUUGAUUGCGUGCAUGGAAUCCGGAACAAAGGAUGCCAUUAAAGUGUUGGACGACAUUAUGCGUCAUGUUGAUAAGGUUAUUGCAAGCGGGAAUGAUCCACGUUUGUCCAGUUUAAGCUCUGCAAAUGAGCGACCAGUGGAAUUGGACGCAAAGCUGAAGAAGUUUCAGAAAGAAAUUGAGGAAUUGGACAAGACAAGGAAGGCAUGCAUCCCUGUUAUAAACAAAGCAAGGAAACAGGUUGACGUUGAAUAUGAGGAGUUGAAGAUGUUAUUGGCCCGUCGCAAAAGCAAGCUCUUGUCAAAAAAAUAA